UACUGUUUACAAGCAUUCUUCAGUUCAUCCAGAGUUCAGCCAGUGUUACAUCGAUGACAGAGCCGUGCUACAAGUAGGGUAGUAUUUUUUUUUUUUUUUUGGAGUCGUUUAAUCGUUUAUCUGUCAAAACGAUCCACUAUCGUAUAUGUCAAAGCACAUGAACAAACAUUAUUAGUCAGCAAAAUUCAUCGCCGAGCAAUGACAUUCGCUUACACAUUAUUUAUAAGCCUGUACCUAUAUCGUAUGUAUCAGUAUUUAUCAUCAAAGUCUCAAGCAUCAGCUAACGCUCAUCUAUAAGUAUUUCAGAGAACAAAGACCCACAGACGUUGACUAAAUUAACAGUGUGAGCAAGAUGAUGGCAUCUGAAAUCGGAUCGACAAACAAUGCAGAGGCGAUACAAAUAACGGGUGAAAAGGCGCCUUUGAUCAGGAACAGGGGCGUUUUUCACAGGCUAAGCUGCUGGCUGAGACUCAGAAAUCCAAGUGGUGACAGAGAUGGCUACGUCGAAUUUAGCACCCUGGGCUCCGACAGUGGUCGAACUCUUGGCACAUUUGCUGGUGUCUUCAGUCCUGUCACUCUGUCCAUGUUCAGUGCCUUGGUUUUCAUACGAAUGGGAUACAUUGUCGGAAAUGCUGGACUUUUGACCACCUUGAUUCAGUUCAUAAUAGCUUAUGGUAUAUUGGUAUUUACGGUUUCGUCUAUUUGCGCUAUCUCAACAAAUGGAGCAGUCGAAGGAGGCGGUGCUUACUUCAUGAUAAGUAGGACACUAGGUCCCGAGUUUGGAGGAUCAAUAGGCACUCUAUUUUUCUUGGCAAACGUAGUGUCGAGUGCUCUUUACAUUUUUGGGUGCUCGGAGGGUCUAAUUGAGAGCUUUGGACCAUCUGGGUACUUGGUUGGUGAAGCUGGACUCAUACCAGGCAGUAGAUGGUGGCAAUUUUUUUACUGCACCCUACUUAAUACGACAAACCUCAUCGUUUGCCUAAUCGGGGCAACUAUGUUUGCAAAAACUAGCGUCACCAUUUUAGCAGUUGUAUUUAUUUGUCUUGGCAGUGUUUUUAUAAGCUUUUUCGUGCAAGGAGAAUUACAGGUACUCAUUCCCCAUACAAACACAAUAGUUAAUAAAACUCUACAUCCUAAUGGAACUUACACUGGUCUCUCUUAUCCAACAUUAUUAGACAAUUUGUAUGCCAAUUAUAGUGCAGAUUACUCCAGUCAAGGAGUAAUGAGUGAUUUUGCUAGUGUCUUUGGUGUACUCUUCAGUGGUGUCACUGGAAUCAUGGCAGGAGCCAACAUGAGUGGAGAAUUAAAAAAUCCGUCUUACAGCAUUCCCAGGGGCACCCUUUCAGCUGUUCUGUUUACAUUCAUAUGUUACCUUUUACUGUCAGUCCUGACGGCCGCAAGUACAAGUCGCUUUCUCCUUCAGAACAAUUUCAUCUACAUGAUGCCUAUCAAUAUUUGGCCACCAUUCGUUGCAGUUGGCAUAAUGACUGCGACGUUUAGUGCUAGUUUGAGCAAUUUGAUUGGAUCGAGCCGAGUAUUGGAAGCCUUGGCCAAGGACAAUGUAUUUGGUUCUUUGUUGAAUUUCAUUGUUAAAACAACUUGGAGAGGCAAUCCGAUUGGGGCAGUAUUUACAUCUUGGGCAUUGGUACAAAUCAUUUUUUUCAUCGAGUCCCUAAACACCAUUGCUCAGAUAAACUCUGUUCUCUUCUUGUUGAGCUACUUGGCUACGAAUUUGGCAUGCUUAGGACUAGAACUGGCCAGUGCUCCGAAUUUCAGACCAACUUAUAAUUAUUUUACGUGGCACACGGCCACCGUGGGCCUGUUGGGCACACUGAUAAUGAUGUUCAUCAUAAAUAGCAUUUACGCCUCAAGCAGUAUUAUAUUAUGUCUUGUAUUAGUUAUUGUACUUCACUUAUUCUCUCCUAGCAAAAAUGCAGCUUGGGGAAGCAUUUCGCAGGCUUUGAUUUUCCAUCAAGUGAGAAAGUACUUACUGAUGCUCGACUCUCGCAAGGAUCAUGUCAAGUUCUGGCGGCCUCAGAUACUUUUGAUGGUCGCGUCGCCGCGCUCAGCCUGUCCGUUAAUAGAUUUUAUCAAUGACCUGAAGAAAGGUGGCCUUUACGUUAUUGGUCACGUGAAAGUCGGCGAGUUCUCUGGUAAGGUCGAUCCUACGAUCAACGAAUAUCCUCAUUGGCUUAGUUUAGUCGAUCACAUGAAAGUCAAGGCUUUCAUCGAGUUGACAAUCACCAAGACGAUUCGAGAAGGCCUCCAUCACCUGAUACGAUUAUCUGGAAUGGGAGCAAUGAAGCCGAACACCAUCGUUCUGGGUUUUUACGAUAGUGAAAUACCGAAUGAUUUUUUCCAAAAUUCUCAAUAUGCGACCAUAAUGUUUGAAAAUGUUACAACUUAUUCCAAUGGAAAAGUGUUUCCACUUAGACAGCCCAAUGAAGGUAAAACCAUUGAUGAACUUCAAUACGUUGGCAUGUGUCAAGAUGUUUUAAACAUGAAGAAGAACUUGUGUCUCUGCAGAAAUUUCCAUUUACUUGACAAGACACAAUUAACAAAAAACAACAGAAAUUUUAAAUACAUCGACGUUUGGCCUGUUAACUUUUUCCAACCAUCAGAUCAAGAUCCAUUUGACACAUCAUCCUUAUUCAUGCUACAAUUGGCAUGCAUCAUAAAUAUGGUGGGAAACUGGAAGAACCUGCAUCUCCGAGUAUUCCACUGCGAAGUAGCAAAGAGUUCCAGUUCGAGCUUAAACAUUUCUGAAUCACAGGGAUCCAUGAACGACUGUCCUAGAAUCUCCAAUGAACACAAGUUGAAGAAACUACUGAAAAUGUUGCGGAUAUCAGCAUCGAUUACCAAAAUACCUGACUGGAGCGAACAAAUUGGAGAACUAAAUGGUCGUGCGCUGUUGGAAAGCAGAGCAGAGAGUUCGUUUGAAGCCAGCGUGGAAGGUACAGAAAACGCACUGAGCAGCAACGUAUCCCGUGCUUAUAUUUUAAAUGUUAACAAACUCAUCAGAGAAUAUUGCUCGCAAACAGCUGCCGUGUUUAUAUAUUUACCAGCACCUCCGUCUUCUAAUACGUGGGAUAAAAAUACUCUACAUAGGCAAUAUCUACAAUUUUUAACCGAGUUGACAGUCGAUCUACCACCAACUAUAUUGGUCCACGGCGUCAGUGCUGUUACAUCUACGACUCUUUAACGACACUACAAAAAACUUGGACAACGCUUUUGUUACUUUUAUGAUGAAUCGUACAGUUAAUAAGAUUUUUAUUAUAUUGGUAGCUAAAUGUGAUAGGCUACUGCAUAAUUGAUUUGUUUUUAUACAAUUUUUAAGGCUCAUGAAAUAAUUUUUAUUCAUGCAGUUACAGUACUCGUAUUUCAUACAAUUUUUUUUUUUUGUGUGAUUUUGUAAUUUAUAAGAGAUCUAUUAGUAUUAUAGCGAUUAAAACUGAUCCUGUUAUUAAAUUAUAGUGAAAAAUUUUUAUUUUAUACCGUUAUUGGUUUGGAAGAAUGCAAGACUGCUUAAUUAAUACACAAGUGUACAAUUUCGGCUAUUCACAGUUUAAAAUAACUUUUCAAAUCUGUGCUUAGUUUGAUGAAUUUUGAGGAGUUUAUGGUCAAAAAAGUUCUAUAUUCAUAAUAAAAAUCACACAGCAUAAUGUGACAUAUUUGUGGAAAUGGUAUUUUAUAAAAUAUGUAUGUAAUUUAUUAGAAACGGUAUUUUAAAUCAAGUAACACUAAAGGAUCACUAAAGUAAAGCAUAAUUUAAAUGUAAUAACUUCUAAGAGAGAAAAAAAAACGUAUUUUUUAUAAACAAUUAAGCUAAGAUGUACCUAAUCUAAAAAAAUACAGUCAGAGUUUCUAUAGAGAUACUGAAAAAAUUCAACCUUACCACAACCACUGCUCGCCAUAGCAAUGACAAAAUUAUACAUGACUUACCUAUUUAUUCGUGUUUAACGUAAUAUUGUUAAUAAUAAGUUAAUAAUGAUAAGAUCAGUAAUUUUUAACAUGUAAUAAA